AUGGCUUCCCUCGACGCACCAGCGGGUGUCACCCGUCCCAUUGUCUUUUUUGACGUCACUAUCGGAGACACUCCUGCCGGCAGGAUUAAGAUGGAGCUGUUUAGUGACAUCACGCCCAAGACUGCUGAAAACUUCCGUCAGCUGUGUACUGGCGAGCACCGCGUGAACAGCACCCCGCAAGGUUACAAGAAGUCAACCUUCCACCGUAUUCUUCUCUUUGUCUGUCUGGCCCCUCCAACCCGAGUCAAGCGAUGGGCCGUGUUCAUGGUCCAGGGUGGCGACUUCCUGCGUCACGAUGGUACCGGCACCUUCUCCAUCUACGGCGCCAACUUCGAGGACGAGAACUUCACCGUCAAGCACACUGGCCCGGGCCUGUUGUCUAUGGCCAACUCUGGUCCCAACACCAACGGUUGCCAGUUCUUCAUCACCACUGCUCCUGCGACCUUCCUCGACGGCAAGCACUGCGUGUUUGGCCGCGUCAUCGACGGUCUCCUCACGGUGCGCAAGAUUGAGAACGUCCCGACCGGUGCCAACAACAGGUGA